UGCACCUUUCAGCUUUUUCUCCACCAUUAAACUCAUCAGAAGAAUAGUAAAAAGAAAAAUACGGAAGUUCUGCCAGGAAAGAGCUGAGCAAACGUUGUACGGAUUUUAUUUCCUGUCCUGUCCAACAUUUGUUUAUACAAUUACAACUAUUCAGCCCUGUUACAAACUACGAAAUCUCAAGGAUCCUACACCCCCUGCCAUCCCAUCAUGCCUCUGUUCAGGGUCUCAGGUGGACGUGGUGCAGAGAAAUCAGGAAGGCAAAAGAUAAAGAAAAUGAAGUGGAGAGAUGGCAGCAGGAGAACAGAUGAUGAAGGCUCUGUCCAGUCCCUAACACGGCUCUGUCUACUCAGCCUGGUUGACAACAUGAAGGAAGUAUGGGUGAAAGACUAUGCUGAAAAGUACCUGGAUCAGUAUUUUUUUAGGCAUAUCAUGGGCCCUUUCAACUCACUGCCAGGGGACCUGGUAGAGGAGCUCAUUUUUCUACUGUGCAGCAGAAAAAAGUUAUCUCGAGCAGGCCUUCACCUUCUGCUGGUGCCACAACUCAAAAGUCUGUUGCUGGACAAGUGUCCUGGACUGCUCACCUCUUCACUUUGUGUCCACAUUGCUGCACGUUGCCAGGGUCUUUGGAAUCUGGAUCUAUCUGGUGCUCAACAACUCCCCUCCAAAGUGCUAUCCAAAACUCUCUGCUCAGUUCCUGCCCUCCGCUCACUCUCUCUGGCUGGUACACCUUGUGAUGAAUGUGUUAUCAGGACCAUUUUCCUCCACUGCCGUUUGCUGCGACACCUGGAUGUGUCUCGUUGUCAUUUCCUUGCUCCUGCUGCACUACUGUCCCUUGUCGGUAGGGCUCUCUGCUCGUCCUCUGCUUGUCCUUCAAGUACCCUUUUUUGCAGUACCUCUGCAACUGAACCUUCAACUUCCUCUUGCACGUUGGAACACUCCAGUCCAACCACUUCUGAAUCUCUGCCUCCCCUCCCCCUCAGCAGGAUACUGGCUUUGGAUAUUGGUUUUGGUGAAGAAGAGGAAGACUCUGUGACAGUAGCAGCUUAUCUCCUCCUUAGUCUGCCUAGCUUGAAAGAACUGGCUAUCGAGGGCCUGGCACAGGCGUGUAGCCUCAUUGAACACCGAGAUUUUAGCAAAACAGUAGAGUUUACUGAGAGGGAGAAAUUUCCAAGGUUGAUAGAGGUGUGGAGGAAAGAAAAGCACAGGCAAGACUCGGAGAGAAUGACGGAGAGGCAUGAAAGAGCAGUAGCAGAAGAUGAGGAACAUAAAGAUGAGGAAGAGGAAGAGAUUAUGUGGGAGGAAUAUUCUCAGGAGAAUGACAGGGAUGAAAAUAGAGAGGAGAGGCCAAGUUGUUCUCUGAUCCAAGCACAGGGUGAAGUUUCCUCAAGUUUUAGUGAUGAAUGUCUUGUUCUUCACCUGAAAGAUGUCAAGGGUAUAACAUGUGACUUUCUGGAUAGUUUAUGCCACCUGUGUCCAGACAUUUACAACAUAUCUGUAAACAUUGUUGAUCCUGAGGAUACUAGCAGAAGAAGCCAGUGUUCUGUGCUAGCUGCAGGUUUGCAAACUUGGUCAGGUCAGCUGCAGAGCCUCUCUUUACUUUACCCAGGCCUGCUGGAUGAUCUGCUUCCUGCUUUGCAUGUGACAGGCUCUUCAUUACUGUCUCUCUCUCUGGAGGGAGUGAAAAACAUUAACAUUGCUCUCCUUGAGGUCAUGCACGCCUGCCCCAAACUCCACGAACUACUUAUUUUUGCUGAAUCUCCUACUAUUCCACAAACAAAUGUGAUGGAACAGCAAGAUGAUAAUCCACAGCUGCCCAAUCUACGCACUCUCACAAUCAAUUUCUCCCACAAUCCCAUUCAAAAGAGGCCUGACUUUUUGUGGAGAUCCUUUGCAAAUGCUCUCUGUUGUCUUCUAAUGGGUUCUCCUUUACUCGAGAAGGUCUCGCUGGUCUCUCUGCCAUGCCCUUUGGAUCGCAUUUUAAACUAUGUGCUGCAAGAAGGAUUUUUUAACAUUUUUCCAGUUGUGAAUUUUCAGGGUCUUUCUAACUCACACCUUAAACGGUUGCAGCACAUCAACCUGACAAGAACAGAUGUAAUGAUGGGAACAGUGAAUAAUCUAAUGCGAAACUGCAAGAGACUUAAGUUUGUUAACUUGAGUCACUGUUGGGAAAUCUGCCAGUCUGAUUUGCAGUACUGCACUAAAUUCAGAAAUGUUGAGGUCGUCUACGUGUAGUUUAAAGUAGAAAUAGCACUCAAACAGCAGGUAAACAACAAAGCUGAUAUUGCAAAAGUUCUAUUUGUUUUUAUCAAAAUCCUAAAAAGUAUUUUACUUUUAUUGCAACUUACGUAUUCAGACACUGCUUCAGGUUAUAUUCUUAACUUCCUACAGGUACUAGGAAGAAAUGCAAUAUUUUUAUGUACUUAAAUGACUAAAAUGUUUUGUAUUGCUUUCUAGUCUAAAGUAUGUAUAUUGUUCGAUGGGAAGACCGACUCUUUUUACUGAAUCGGAUCCUUGACUCUCGAACAGUAAAGUGAACAAAUCUUGAACGAAUCAUUUCAUUCGUUUUACAGCAGGUGGCGCUUUAGCCCCAUUGCGGGCGUUGUAAAGAAGGAUGCGGUUUUCCGACACUAAAUACUGAAGGCAACAUGGUUUGCUUCCGCUGACAAAGUCUACAAAGUACACAAAAUCCCAUAAGCAAUUACAACCAUGUGAAAACCUUCGAAAAAGAUUCGUUCAUAUUGAAAGAUUAGUUCACAGCGAAAGAUUAGUUCACAGGGAUUGAUUCGUUCACGGAGAAAGAUUAGUUCACAGAGAGUGAUUCCUUCACAGCGAAAGAUAAAUUCACAGGGAUUGAUUCGUUCAUAGUGAAAGAUUAGUCCACAGAGUGAUUCAUUCAGAGCGAAAGAUUAGUUCACAGGGAGUGAUUCGUUCGUAGUGGAAUAUUAGUUCACAGUUUUAAAAGUUCUGUGAGGCAACUGGACGUGAAUUUUCUAAAAAGAAAAAAAAGACGUUUCACCUCUAAUCCAAGAGGCUUCUUCAGUUCUAACCGGUGGGGGGAGUACACCUGUACUGCCCACCACCGGUUAGAACUGAAGAAGCUGUAGAUUAGUUCACAGUGAAAGAUUAGUUCGCAGUGAGUGAUUCCGAAUCUGCAAACUAAUCAGUCAUUGCAAACGAGUGAUUAGUUCGCAGUGAAAGAUUAGUUCGCAGAGAGUGAUUUGUGAGUUCAAUAUAAACAAAUCUUUCAUAUGACUCGGGAGUCACGAGCCACGAAUCUUUCAUGUGACUCGGGAAUCACGAGUCAUAUGAACGAAUCGCUCGCGAACGACACAUGACUACACCGCAGUGCUCUGAGCAUGGCACGGUCCCCAUUCACUGCUCCCCGGGCGCUCAAAAAGCUGCCUACUGUUAACUUUGGU